UAGGCUGCAGACGCUGCCUGCUGAUAAAAUCAUAAAAUUGAUUAUAAAGUUAUUUUCAAUCUGUUGAAUCUAAUCUAAUAAUAGAUUGUUAAUUGGUACACAAAGUCUUACAGGGUUAAGUAAUGAACUUUUAUUCAUUAAUUUAGUAUAGGAUUCAUUGAGAUUUGACCAUAAUUUUCCAAAAGUCAUUAAAAAACAAUGGAUGUGAAUGAUAUAAAUUAUGUUUUAGAAGCAGAUUCUGAAUCAGACUUUUUUGAGGAUUCUGGAUCUGACUAUAUACCUGAUGGUUACGAUUCUAACAGGUCACACAUUAGUGAAUCUAAGGAAGAAAGAGCUGAAAAUGAUUCAAACUAUGUGAAUAAUUAUAUCUUACAAACAGCUUCUGAAACAGUAUUAGACAGAAGAAACGAAAAUUUGGAAGAUGAAUCUAGGAUUGUUUCUAAAAAAAGAAAACAAAAUAAACACACUUGGGUUAAAAAUGUCAGAAAAAUUAAAAAGCUUCGUGGUGAAACCUAUACUAGUUUAGGGGAAAGUUAAUGCCACCAAAAACAUUUUUACCAGUGGUGUGUGUGUUUCAAUAAAUGCCAUAAUUUAAUCCCAGAUUCAAAACAAAAAUAUCUUAAUUCUAAGUUAUUUCAAAUGGAUAGUUUUGAUUUUUUCAAUCGGCUUAUCUAUUUGGUUUGAUAAAAGUUAUUGAUAAAAAAAGAAGUUAUACAACAAAUAAUGACACUUCAAGAAGAAAAUUUACAAGAGAAUAUUAUUUGCCAGUAGAAAAUGGAAAAGAUGAAAAAGUGUGCAAAGAUUUUUUUAAAAAACUAUUUUUUUUAUCUGAUGGUCGAAUAUCAAGGCUCGUUAGGUCUAAAAUGGUUUCUAAUACUCCACCAAGGGACAAAAGAGGUAGACACACUCUGUUCAACAAAACUGAUAACUUGAAAAUUGUUGAAAUAAAAGAAUUUAUCAACAAAUUUCCAAGCUAUGAGUCCCAUUACUCCAGAAUAAAAAAUUUGAACAGAAAAUAUUUAUCUCCAAAUUUAAAAAUGAUAGCUCAAACCCUGUAUCAUUUUAUAUUUUUCAAGAAGUUUUUAACAAGCAAUUUAAUUUGCAUUUCCACUCUCCCAUCUCAGACAGCUGUAAAAAAUAUGAUACAUUUAAUAUGAAAUUGAAGUUUUCAAGGAAAAAGCUGUGUUAGAAAAUGAAAGAGAACUUCAUCAAAAAAAAGCUGAUAGUGCUCGGGAAAGACUACAACUUGAUGGAACUUUUUUUUUUCAGUUUUGAACCGACGGCGCCGCGGGGAAAACUUGAUGGAACUAUAGCAAAAGGAAAUGACAAUAUCACUUGCAUUGCAUUUGAUCUAAUGAAGACCUUAGCAACUCAUGUCUUGUCAACUGGCAUAUGUCACUAUAAAAGGCAACUAUGGACAUAUUGCUUUGGAGUUCAUAACCUUGGUAACAAUAAUGUUAUUAUGUAUGUUUGGGAUAAAUCCAUUGCAUCAAGAGGACCUUAAGAGGUAAGAUCAUGCAUUUUACAUUAUGUAAAAAAUUAUGUUACUUCUCAAAAACUUAUAUGUAUUCUGACCAGUACGAAGGUCAGAACAGAAAUAUUAAAAUGGCUGUUCUGUGUAAUUACAUAGUCGCAAGUCCCUCAUUUACAGUAAAUGAAAUCUAUCAUAAAUGUUUAGUUACUGGGCAUUCGUUUCUACCAUGUGACCAAGAUUUUGGUCUAGUAGAGAAACAAAAAAAAUUUCUUUCUGAAAUCCAUGUACCAGAUGAUUGGUAGUCAGUGAUAAUAUCUGCCAAGAAAAGAAGUCCAUUUUAAAUUGUCAAUAUGACAAAAAAUGAUUUUUUUUCAACCAAAUCCCUGGAAAAGCAAAUUACAAAUAGAAAAAUUGAUACAAUAAAUCAGAAAAUAGAAAGGCUUAAAAUACAAUGGUUAAAUUAUAAAAAUGACCAGCAUUUUAAAAUUAAUUAUAAAUAUUCUAAUAAUCCUGAUUUCCCAUUUAACAGUGUUUAUGUUGUUAAAAGGAUAUCUACAAUUAAAGACUAUGCAAGAAUGUUAGAUCUAUUGUAUCCCAAUAGGCAUACAAUAACUGGAGCAAAAAAAAAAAGAUUUGUUAGAUUUACUUGCAUUUAUACCACCAAUAAAACACCAAUUUUAUACUAAUCUUAAAGUUAAUAAAAACCAUGAUGAAGAUUAUCAAGAUUCAAACGAAGAUGAACAUAGUGAAUAAGUAACUUGCAACCAUAAAAAUUGGUUUUUAAAAAUAGCUGUUGCCGCCCAACUGCUCAAAUGGACAAGAGCUGGCAAGUGCCAUCGACGAUCGGCCAUCGUGCCAGUGUCCAGACGCCCAGUGCGGCAGUGCUUAAAUAGCAGUCGAGCCGAGUGGUCGUUUGCGCGUGCAUCGACAAUACCAUAUCAUAUAAAACUUACGCGUACACAUCGAUCAAUCGUUACAAUAAUCUGUCGAACAAAAUACAAAACAUGAACACAAUUUUCACUGUCUACAGUAUAUAAUAUAUGUACAUA